AAAGAAAAAUAGAAUUGCAAUAAACUUUUGACAAGUGAAGUGCAUCUAAAAAUUAAAAGGUUUUUAUUGUUAUAACCUAUUUUUAAUGAUUUGGUGCUACAAAAGCGGAAAAUAUUUUAGAAUAAAGCGCAGGCUCAAUCCACUUUCAAGAUGAGCUUUUUGUUUGGGAGCAGGUCCAACAAGACCUUCAAGCCGAAAAAAAACAUUCCGGAAGGCACCCACCAGUACGACCUGAUGCGGCACGCUGCGGCCACGCUGGGCUCCGGAAACCUGCGCCUCGCGGUGCUGCUGCCCGAGGGAGAGGACCCCAAUGAGUGGAUUGCUGUCAACACCGUGGACUUCUUCAACCAAAUCAACAUGCUGUACGGCACCAUUACCGAGUUCUGCACCGAGGAGGCCUGCGCCGUCAUGUCCGCCGGCCCCAAGUACGAGUACCACUGGGCGGACGGACUGGCUGUCAAGAAACCCAUCAAAUGCUCUGCACCGAAGUAUAUUGACUAUUUGAUGACGUGGGCUCAAGAUCAGCUGGAUGAUGAGACACUCUUCCCUUCUAAGAUAGGGGUACCAUUCCCGAAGAACUUCCAGAGCAUUGCGAAGACGAUCUUAAAGAGGUUGUUCCGUGUGUACGCCCACAUCUACCACCAGCACUUCCCUCAGGUGGUAACGCUCGGCGAGGAGGCGCACCUCAACACGUCGUUCAAGCACUUCAUCUUCUUCGUGCAGGAGUUCAGCCUGAUCGAGCGGCGCGAGCUGGCGCCGCUGCAGGAGCUCAUCGAGAAACUCACCGCCAAGGAGGCCCGAUGAGGCCCGGUCGGUACGAGGAAUUACUCAAACUAACUUACACUUUAUG